AUGGUCGAAACUGUUAAUCAGCAUCAUCGUUCACCUUCAGAAGGAGAACCUGUUAGGGGGUUUUCAAAGGCGUCUUUAUCAAGUCUUCUAGAAUUGCUGGAUCCCCUUGCUUCUAACGUUAGUUUAACUUAUAGUCCCAACAACUAUUUGGUAAAGGCUAAAAAGCAUUUGAAAAACCUUGAUCCUUCCAAGUUAACAGACUCUUCACAAGAAAGACGCCAACAGUUGGGAGAAUGGAAGAAUAAGGUUCAACAUCGAGUCAGAGCCUUAGACCCACCUUUACAAAACAUAUUCUUUAAUAAUGGAUCCACAUUGGAUAAAAUGUUUUAUCCAUUUACUUUGGUUAACAUAUUUCUAAUUGGUCUAUUAAUGGGUAAAUUUCCUGAAUGGUUCCACGUCUAUUACACUGUCAUGUUCAAUAUUUUAAUGCCCAUUAGAUUUUACACCUAUUAUAAGACCAACAAUCACUAUUUUUUGGCAGAUCUGUGCUAUUUUACCAAUAUGCUUUGUCUUUUAUUUAUUUGGGCAUUCCCAGAAUCCGUCAACCUCUAUCAAACAUGUUUCGCGCUUACUUUUGGUACUUUGAGCUUUGCAGUAAUCACUUGGAGGAAUUCACUUGUGAUUCAUUCGUUAGACAAAUGUACUUCCUGCUUUAUCCACAUAAUCCCAGUUUGUACCAUGUAUGUGAUUCACCAUGGUGUUGUGCCUGAAUUCCAAGAGAAUAGGUUUCCAGCGGCUUCCAAGAAACUAGCACCGUUUUGGAAUUUAAAGAAAAAUAUCGUUUGGACUUCAUUUUACUAUUUGAUUUGGCAAUCUCUUUAUCACUAUUUCAUUACCAUAAGACAAUCAUACAAGAUAAAAUCAGGCCAGAGAAUGACAAGUUUUGAAUACUUGACUACUCAUACUUACAAGGAUUUUUGGAUGGUUAAAUUACCAGCACCAUGGCCAAUGCUUAUUUAUAUUGUGACCCAAUAUUUGUAUCAACUGUGCACCAUGUGUCUAUGUGGAAUCUGGUACAAUUACAGACCCGCUGCCGCUGGUUUCUUGAUAUUAAUCUUUUUAUGUGCCUCCCAUAAUGGUGCUACUUAUUACGUCGAUUUCUAUGGAAAGAGAUACGAGAAGGAAGUUGGCAGACUACGUGAUGAAACGGAAAGCUUACAACAACAACUAAAGUAUACUGGUACUAAUAGUGACAGUAGCAUGGAUAGCGUUUCCGUUAUCAGUGCUGAAUCAUUGAGUAAAGAAAACGAAGAUCCUAAGAAGGAGCAAUAA